AUGGAACACACCAGAACUGUUGUAUCUGGCUUAAGUGCGCUCCACCUUUUCCAACCCAAAUCCAGUGCAUUGAGGCUGCAAGACUUGGACGUAUAUGCAACUGAAGAGUUCAGUGAGAAGGUGUUGAAUCACUUCAAAGACGACAAAGAAUAUACAGUAACUAACACUGUCAAGUGGAGGAGAGAUUAUGAUGGCUCAGCCAUAUCCAGAGUACAUAAACUCGAGAAAGAUGACAAAAUGGUGGACGUCAUCAUCACUGACUGGAUAAGUGCAAUUAUCCCCAUCCUCCAGUAUCAUUCUACGGUGGUCAUGAACUACAUGACUGCUCGUACUUUCGUAUCCCUCUACCCCAAAUGGACGAAGGAAAACAAGAGCUUGGUGAACUCUGCGGUAUACAUGGGAGAAAAAAGUAACCUGCAAACAGUGUUAGCCAUCAUGAAGGCUCUAUCAUCGCAGUAUUCCUCCACGCGCCGGUGCCGCCGUGCUCUUGCCCCCUCACGUCUACGUGCACUCCUCGUUGGUCCUUCCUCGCUCUUCCAUCGCUUUCGAUCCAACACACAUGAGACAACACAACUCCAACAACGCCCGACACAAGGGUUUAUCUCACAACACCGACCCCAUGUCAUAGAAGUCGCGGCUCUACGUGAUAAAAGGGCAUGGUCCCCUCCUUCACCACUCUUUUACACUUUAAUCUAUCACAUGGCCAAAAGUCAGCAACAAGCUCAAAGUCACUCUCAAGCAUCGUCGUUGCAUCCUCCGGUCACUGCUGCCCCUGCAAUAUCCACGAUGCUCACAACCACUGCCACCGCCGCUACUUCCAUGCCUGCAACUGACAGGCCUUCUCAUCGUGCGGUAGUCGUCGACAACCCCAAUGGUGGAUUCGCCUCAUACUCUACAUUUGCUGCACUUCCCUUAACUAUACUGGCGACCAUCACUUGAUGAGGAGUCAGCUGUUCGUCAUCCAGGCAGCAUACUGGCGGUCCUCGUUCAUGUUCUAAUUGGUUUGGUUGUAAUUGACUUGUGUAUCCUCUUUUCCCGAUCGUCUUCUGAAUUGUGUUCACCCGGCUUGGUAUCUAGUCUCAUGGACUCGACCUAAUAACACCGACUGUCUGGCUACUUGAUAAAAUGCAGUUUCGCCAGCGCUAUCGUGUCAUCAAAUUCCGCAAACCUUAUGACUUUGAGCAGUACAGGAAGAAGCUGCAUUAAUGCUGUGACUAUUGGCAAUAUAUUCUGAUUGAUGUCUAUAUAAUUGGACAUGUUUUC